AUGGCUUUUCGAACACAAAGCACAAAGGGACGUUACCAUCAACCGUUGGUUGAAAUCCCAAUCCUCCAGAUGUCACAUAUUCCGAACCUUCCAAAUAAAAGUAGGCAGACCAAUAAACUCACAGAAUGGCUCAUCCAAAAACCGACCCAGGAAAGUUCGGACGAGGAUAGAAUAGAAGUAAGAAUAGAAGUUCCUAAAGAGACUCCAAAGAUCACGACAAAGCGUAGUAGGCGACCUAAAACAGCAGGAUCAAGAUCGAAUACUCGCUCUGACGUUACUGGUUUAACUACUCAAGAGAACACAGAAUUAACUUCUGUGCCAAGAUCUCAACAAAAUCUGUACGAUGCUAAUUUAGCUGCUGUAAACAACGCAAUCUCUGAAGCAUCCUCUACCGAGUUUUCUGAACGCAACCCGAUCGUCAUUUCAGACUCGUCAGAAACCCCAUCGGCUUCGUCUUCGGAAGAUGAGACGGUGCGCGUCGUGAUAAAUACUGAAGUACCUCGAGUUACUACCGCGGUCACUAGACGCUUUAUAAAUAAUAAAGUGCGUCGGAACACGAUUGCUAGCUUUUUUAAGAAAAUUAGUAGGCAGUCUGAUGGUGGCGAUGAGAGCGCUAGGACUGUCAGUGAGGAAGCGUCGAGCAGCAACUCAUCGCCUAAAGAAUCGUCGCCGCUUGGCGCAGAAUCACGCGUCUUAACUGAGAUUCUGGAUACUCAACACAACAGUGUAUCUUCUCGUAAACCUGGUCGACCGCGUAUAGUCGUUCCUAUUGACGAUCUCGAUCCACGCGUUUUGGAAUCAAGCAAACCACUCAACUUGAAGAGUUUGGACGAGAUACCGCAUGUUGAUAUGAACGUUGUUGUGAAUAUAUUCCAGGUUUUCGAUUUCUUUGUCAAGUUUGAAAAUGUCAUCGGCGUCACUCUUGUCAACAGCAGCGGUGCUCGAUUAACUUAUGAUGACCUUGAAGAAAUGGCACUAGAUCGAAAUCACUGUCACACUCGUCUCUUUCUUCUUGUUUGUGAAUUCCUUGACUACUUGAUGGAUGACUGUGAUGAAAAAUCGAAAUUCUUUCCCGAUCUUCUUACCGUCCAACAUCGACUUUCUCGUCUCCUUUCCUCUCGCGUCUUCCUUCGGUCCACAGAAUAUAUAUAUUUUCCUCCGCACGAGAGAUUAACGUUGUUGAAAGAUAUGAUUAACCAGGCAAUGCGCACUGAUCCAGCAAGAGAACAAAUAAAAGAGUGGUGUGACAAAUUGAACGAUUGCGCUAAGCAGAAAAAGCUAAGACACGUUACUAUUGAGAAUCUCCAGAAUGAGAUACCGGAAUUAAAAGCCAAGGUCAAAUUAUUAGAGAAGGAGAUUAAGGAAAUUGAAGUACAAUUAAAAAACCAUCACAGCGGCAUUGACACAGAAUCGGAUGAUGCACGGUCAGAAGAGUCUGCAAGCGGAGUAACGGCAAGACAAAGAGCAGUUGCCAGAGCACAAGCCGCUAGAGAUGCUGAAGAAGCUUUACGAGUCAAGAGAAUUCGUGCCGCCGAAGAAGCUGAAUCAUUCGAACGUCUGAUUGGUAUCAAGCAACUGGAAUACGAUAAUCUUGUGUCACUCAAUACUACUGAACGCGAAGAUUUGAAAAACAGUCUGGUUGGUGGAUCUGUUAUAAGAGCUGCUGGAAAUUCUGCUAAUCAUGAGCUGUAUCAAUUUGCUCAAUUAGGUCAGGACAGAUAUUGUCGUAACUAUUGGUUCUAUCGUCCGAUAGGAGGUAUUUUUGUCGAAGAUGUAGAGUGGUAUAGAUCAUAUAAUAAGGAAAGAAUGGAUAGUAAUGGGAAAGCAGCCGAGAAUGGAGAAUCAUCAGACGAACAACUGAAACGACAGUCUAGAUGGUGGGUAAUUGAUUCGAUUGAAGCAUAUCGAGCAUUCAAGAAUUCUCUUAAUCCGCGUGGAGUGCGUGAGCGAGCUCUUGAGGCUAGCUUGAAAAAAAUUGAAGACGAAAUUAUAGAAAGUUUUAAACGUCUCAAUGAAUGGAUGGAAAGACGAUUGAAUGAUACCAAGGAAAUUCAGCAGGAGAAUGUAGAAAGAGAUGUUGUGAAGAAGGCUCUACAACGUGACGGAGACAUUCAUAAGAUAGUUGCUAGAAUAGUUAGGGAUAUGAGUACACUGACAGUUUGUGAAUAUGAAUGUAUUAUGUGUGAAGCUAUUAGACGUAAGUUGAAGGUUUUCGAGGCUUGUCUGGUAGAAAUGAGACCUGACUUCGUCAUUGAGCAAGCGGACUUUGAUUUGAAUAGUUGUUCUAAACCCGAGAAAUUCUUCGAAUAUAUAAAAAAGUUGAUAUCUUCAACCGGCAUUGUUAUGUCUGAACCUACAAAUGAUGAAGAAGAGCCAACAUCAGCAAAGACUGCGACUAGCAGUAACGAAGAGCAAUUAUCUAAUGAUCAGUCACCUUCAUCCUCAUUUAAAUGGUUAGCCAUUGCAUCAUCUCGAUGGUAUUGGUCAGAUAUACGAACGUUUUCCAGUGUGUGUGUGAUGUUGGACGAGUUAAUAGAGGCACAUGACAUUGCUGUUAAAGCGAAUGCAAAGCUGAAGAAAGCAAAUAAAUCAUUAUCGCGGGGAUUGUCUAAGAAGAGCAACGACACUACUGACGCCGAAGAUGAGGAUACAGAUGGUACAAUUGAAGAGGGAAGAAGUCACGGGAGGGGGGGAAAGGACAUUGUGAAGUUACGGUCAUCUAGGCGAUUGCAAGACAAGCCAAAGAUUAAUUAUGACGAAAGUUCAAUUAAUAAAGGUGGUGGUGAUGAAAGCUUGAACGUUACCAUUUCUAAAUAUCAGACACGCUCUGCAUCUCGACUUCGCCCAGAUCAGACAUUGAUUCAGGAUGAAAUGACGGGGCCAGUAACGGUAAGCGAACACAAUAAAAUAAAUUGGCAAUAUCACAACGACGGAAGACUAAUCGUCAGCAUUGCUAUUGUAGCGUUCCAAGAGACGCCGGACCUGACCAACAUUACCAUGAUGCUUAGACGCACUUCGUAUUUGAACGUAAUAAUAGUCAUCUGCGAAUAUUCUUAA